AUGCAAAAAAUAGUAGCGACUGGAUGGCGCUAUACCCGUAGCGGUCCACUUAAUACUGUUCUUAAAAUUGAAAAUUACGAACUGAGGCCCAACGAAAAUGAGGCAGUAGUACAGAUUUUAUCUGCACCACUUCAUCGUGUGGAUGCAGCUGUCAUUAAUGGAACCGUUCUGGGUCGAAGACGUGUUAAUAUAAGUGCAUUUCCCCGCGUUGCUGGUUGCGAAGGUGUGGGGAGGGUGCUAUGGACUCCAGUGAAUUCUAAGGGUUCACCUGUGAAAGCUGGUGAUACAGUGUGGAUUGCACCCUUGCAUGGGACAUGGGCAAGUGUUAUUGCCGUGUCACCGAUCUGUUUACACAGGAUAGAUCCUGCGCACGCCUCGCUAGCUGUAAACGCUUCGAACUACUUAACUGCACAGCACCUCCUUCAAGGCUACGCGCGCUUACAAAAAGACCAGGUAGUGAUACAGAAUGGCGGCAGCAGCGUGACCUCUCUGGCAGUAUCCGCCCUGGCCAAGGCGCUGGGCGUAAAAGUGCUUACGGCGGCCUCCCCUUCUGAGCGUUUUGUCGACGCAAAGAAACGCCAUGUAGCAUUCGGAUCGGAGGUGUUCGAGUACAAUGCGAAGGGGUUGCAUGAGAUGAAAAUAGCCCUCGGGGACGGACCCGGGGCGGCGUUAUGUCUCAAUGGCGUUGGUGGACGUUUCUUUGACUCGUUCAUGAGGCUCGUAGCUCCCGGGGGUGAGGUGGUCACAUACGGUGCACAAAAUAGCUUCGGUUUGAUGUUUUCUGGGUCUAGUUUUAUUUCACGGGAGAUAACGAUGCAGGGAUUCUUCCUUCCUUUCUACUUGGAUUCACUUAGUUAUCAGGAACGCCAAACUCAGCUAGACUUUGUUCUCCGUACGCUAGCACUUGUGAAGUACAAAUAUCCUGUCGUAACUGCGCAGUCGUUAGAAAAGCUGCCAGGGGUGUGGGAUGAGCUCUUCGUACGAGGAGGACAAAAAGGUGUAGUAAAGUUGUCCUAG